CACGUUGUGUCAGCAGGAAGAGAACAGUGUUGACCGUCCUCUGGUGAUGUGAAUGGUGUGUAAUCUACACAUCCACACCUACUGAACAACAUGGAGCGAUAGUAGCGUUAGUUUUUUUUCUUACCCCGUCGAAGGAGCCAAUACCCGGCGUAUAAACGAGUCGCAGUGAUGUCGCUAAACCGGUGCAUGUAUUUGUUUUCUCGGCUUCAACGCCACAUUAGCCCUCAUACUGCCAGGAUCACCGCUGGUAGCUGUCAUGUGCCUUCUGGUGUUUUACAUAAACAGCACCAGGCCGGCUCUGGUGUCUGUAGCAGACAUGUGUCGUCAAACAGCUCUUCUCCAAAAGCCCCGGACACCUCUCUGUUUGUCCCCGUCCCUCUGAAGACCGACCCCGCGGUGGACGGGAGUGUGGGAGCAGAGCUGACCCAGCCGCUCGAUAAGAAUCAGCUGCUGAAAAUGCUGAACAAGUUUUAUAAGAGGAGAGAGAUGCAGAAGCUGGCAGCAGACCAUGGCCUGGAUGCUCGUCUGUUCCACCAGGCCUUCAUUAGCUUCAGGAAGUAUGUCCUGGAAAUGACAGCACUCCCCGCUGACCUGCACAUCAUCCUCAGUGACAUCUGCUUUGGAGCCGGUCAUGUAGAUGACAUCUACCCGUACUUCAUGCGUCACGCCAAGCAGAUCUUUCCUAUGCUGGACUGUAUGGAUGACCUGAGACAGAUCUCCGACCUCAGACAUCCUGCUAACUGGUAUCCCGAGGCUCGUGUCAUCCAGAGGAAGGUGAUUUUCCAUGCUGGUCCCACUAACAGUGGUAAAACCUACCACGCCAUCCAGCGCUUCCUGGCUGCCAAGUCUGGAGUCUACUGCGGCCCUCUGAAGCUGCUGGCCCACGAGAUCUUUGAGAAGACCAAUGCGGCCGGUGUGAGAUGUGACUUGGUUACCGGAGAGGAAAGGACAUUCACGGACCCCGAGGGUCGAGCAUCUGGUCAUGUAGCCUGUACCAUUGAGAUGUGCAGCGUCAACACACCUUAUGAAGUGGCUGUGAUCGAUGAAAUUCAGAUGAUCAGAGAUCUGUCCAGAGGCUGGGCCUGGACCAGAGCACUGCUGGGUCUGUGUGCGGAGGAGAUCCAUGUGUGUGGGGAACCUGCAGCCAUCAACUUCAUCAGAGAGUUGAUGUUCACCACCGGAGAGGAGGUGGAGGUCCACAACUAUGAGCGUUUAACUCCUUUCACAAUCCUGGAUCAGGCUGUGGAGUCAUUAGACAACCUGAGACCAGGAGACUGCAUCGUCUGCUUCAGCAAAAACGACAUCUACUCCAUCAGCAGGCAGAUUGAGGCCAGAGGACUAGAAUGUGCCGUCAUUUACGGCAGCUUACCUCCAGGCACCAAGUUGUCACAAGCCAAGAAGUUUAAUGACCCCGAUGACGCCUGCAAGAUACUGGUGGCUACAGAUGCUAUCGGGAUGGGCCUGAACCUGAGUAUAAAACGUAUCAUCUUCAACAGUCUGAUAAAGCCCAACAUUAAUGAGAAGGGGGAGAAGCAGAUGGACGCCAUCAGCACAUCACAAGCCCUGCAGAUAGCCGGCCGCGCAGGGAGGUUCUCCUCCAAGUUUAAAGAGGGAGAGGUUACCACCAUGCACAGAGAAGAUCUUCCUGUUCUGAAGGAAAUACUCAGCCAAUCCGUGGACCCGAUAGAGACUGCAGGUCUGCAUCCUACAGCAGAGCAGAUCGAGAUGUUUGCUUAUCACCUGCCCGAUGCUUCACUGUCAAACCUUGUUGACAUAUUCGUCAGCCUCUCUCAGGUGGACGGUGUGUAUUUUGUCUGCAACAUUGACGACUUCAAGUUCCUGGCUGACAUGAUUCAGCACAUCCCGCUGAACCUGAGGUCGCGUUACGUCUUCUGCACCGCUCCCAUCAACAAGAAACAGCCGUUUGUCUGCACGUCGUUCCUCAAGUUUGCCCGUCAGUUCAGUCGAGACGAGCCUCUGACAUUUGACUGGAUCUGUCGCCAUAUCAACUGGCCUCUGGCUCUACCCAAAAACAUAAAAGACCUGGUUCACUUGGAAGCUGUCCACGAUGUGUUAGAUCUUUAUCUUUGGUUAAGCUACCGUUUCAUGGACAUGUUUCCAGACACGGCCAUGAUUCGGAAAAUCCAGCAGGAACUUGAUCACACCAUCCAAGAAGGUGUGCUGAAUAUCACCCGUCUCAUCAGAGCCUCUAACUCAACCAUCACUGACCCCCUGCAGACACAGGGCAGCAUGCACGGUAAUGUUGGAACAUCCAGCAGUAAUAAUGUGACCGGCCGCACAGGUCAAAGGAGACAAGGGGGCUCAGGAGUGAUGAUUGACAGCUCUCUGGCCAGUCGCCUGGUGAGAGAAGGGCUCCUGACGACCGAUAUGCUCCUGCAACUGCAGAGGGAGUGGUCUGAAGAAACAGACGAUAAAAAUAAUGACAACACAGGGAAAAGAAAAAAUAAGAAGAAAUGAAGAGGGGCAUCAUUAUGUGUUGGUUGUUAUGACAAAAUUGUUCCCAUGGAGAUCGACAAGUGAUUCAAACCUUGAAUAACAUCUGGUGGUUUAAAAUUGGAAAAAGGGGGAUCUAUGCACAGUUCAAGCACUAAAGCUAAAAUAUAAACAUCAAAAUGGGUCUGCUAAAAUCUCACAGUGUGUCACAUCUUUCUCUUCCAAACUGUUAGAAGUGCUAUAAAAUGAUUCCAGUUAAUGUACGUAAAUGUCCCUCCUGUAAACCACUGGCUGCUCUGUUGCCCAGCUGACAGAUCCUGGGUAUGUUAGGACACAUUAUCCUAUUUUCAGUGUGAGCAUAAAAUGACUUCCAGUUACAAUCAUGGCGGAGAGUGAAAACUGGUUGGCUGGUUAUUUCAUGUGAAGCUGCCCAGCAACAAAACUUGCCCGAUCUGCAGCUGGUCUUCAGUUCUCACAAACUGACGAUGUGCUCAGUGUUUCGGUGAAGAGUCUCACUGUUGUAAAUGCUGUUUUAGAAGCAUUAUAGAUCAUGAAACACUGUGAAAUGCGCAGUACAUGUGUGUUUUGCAGGUCUGGAAUCAUUGUGCUUUUAUUGUGCAACGUAUAGUUGAAAGCGAAAGAAUAACAUAUUUAUACUUCGGCAGUUAAACUACUCUGAAAUGAAUUUCAAUUUUAUUUUCGAACAUUUUGAAUAGAUUGAAGCCCUGUUAGUGUCUAUACACAGAUAUGCCGUAUUUUUUCUUAUUUGUAUAUUUACUGUGAUGACAUGAGUCAAAUUAAAAUCUGCUAUGUUUGAACUGU